CGCCGGGGGGGAGAAGAAGGCAGACUGCGGGAAGAAGAAGAUGAAGGACGGGGCAGGCGAUGGAGGGAGGACGGAGCUGAACCCCUGGCCUGCAUUUAUCAAUGACCGUUUAGAGAUGUAUAAUAAGCUUAAAGCUGAACAUGAUGCACUUCUUGCAGAAAGGGCUGCAAAUGACAGUAAGCCCAUUAAAGUUACCUUACCUGAUGGCAAGCAGGUUGAUGCUGAAUCCUGGAAGACUACUCCUUAUCAAAUUGCUUGUGGAAUUAGUCAGGGCUUAGCUGACAACACCGUUAUUGCUAAAGUGAACAAGAUGGUUUGGGAUCUAGACCGUCCUUUGGAGGAGGAUUGUACCCUGGAGCUGCUUAAGUUUGAAGAUGAAGAAGCUCAAGCAGUGUACUGGCACUCAAGUGCUCACAUCAUGGGUGAAGCUAUGGAGCGAAUCUAUGGUGGCUGUUUGUGUUAUGGCCCACCCAUAGAAAAUGGAUUUUAUUACGACAUGUUCCUUGAGGAAGGGGGUGUAUCAAGUAAUGACUUCUCUGCUUUGGAAGCACUGUGCAAAAAGAUAAUGAAGGAAAAACAAGCCUUUGAAAGACUGGAAGUUAAGAAGGAAACACUACUUGAAAUGUUUAAGUAUAACAAAUUCAAGUGUCGCAUCCUGAAUGAGAAAGUCAAUACUCCAACUACAACAGUAUACAGGUGUGGUCCCUUAAUAGAUUUAUGCAGAGGGCCUCAUGUCAGACAUACUGGCAAGAUAAAGACCAUAAAAAUUCACAAGAGUGAGUAUCGAAAACGUGGAUUCCAGGAGGUUGUCACACCAAAUGUUUUCAACAGCAAACUAUGGAUUACUUCAGGACACUGGCAGCAUUAUAGUGACAACAUGUUUUCCUUUGAAGUGGAGAAAGAAAUCUUUGCUCUGAAGCCUAUGAACUGCCCAGGACACUGCCUUAUGUUUGACCAUCGCCCACGAUCGUGGCGGGGGGUGGGGCGGCGACUGGCUGACUUUGGUGUCUUGCACCGCAACGAGCUGUCGGGAGCCCUCACAGGACUCACUCGGGUGCGGCGGUUCCAGCAGGACGACGCUCACAUAUUCUGUGCUAUGGAGCAGAUAGAAGAGGAGAUCAAGAGUUGUCUGCAGUUCUUGCGUACUGUGUAUGAUGUCUUCGGAUUUUCCUUUAAACUUAACCUCUCCACUCGUCCUGAAAAGUACCUGGGAGAUAUUGAAGUGUGGAAUCAAGCUGAAAAGCAACUUGAAAACAGCCUCAAUGACUUCGGGGAGAAGUGGGAGUUAAACCCUGGUGAUGGAGCUUUCUAUGGACCUAAGAUUGACAUUCAGAUUAAAGAUGCCAUUGGCCGCUACCACCAGUGUGCUACAAUCCAGCUUGACUUCCAGCUGCCAGUCAGAUUUAACCUCACCUUUGUCAGCCACGAUGGUAAUGACAAGACUAGACCAGUUAUCAUUCACCGUGCAAUCUUGGGAUCUGUGGAGAGAAUGAUUGCCAUUCUAACUGAAAACUAUGGAGGCAAAUGGCCACUCUGGCUGUCCCCACAGCAGGUAAUGGUGAUACCAGUUGGACCAACAUGUGAUGAAUAUGCUCAAAAGGUCAGGCAGCAGUUCCACAAUGCUGGAUUAAUGGCAGAUGUUGAUGUAGAUCCUGGGUGCACCCUGAACAAGAAGAUCAGAAAUGCUCAGCUUGCACAGUACAACUUUAUUCUGGUUGUUGGUGAAAAGGAGAAGGCGAGUGGAACAGUGAACAUCCGCACCCGGGAUAACAAGGUGCAUGGGGAGCGUACGAUCGCGGACACUGUGGAGAGGCUGCUGGAACUGAAGGGCUCCCGCUCCAGGCAAGCUGAAGAGGAAUUUUAACACCAUCUGCUCUACCUGGCAUAAAAAAAAGAUUCUUAAGUUUCCUAAUUCAGUUAACCAGAGUUUUUUUGUGCUGAACCA